UUCGGUAGAUAGACUUGGCUUAGUUUUUCCAUAUUUCUGUAGUUACUUUGUUGAGGCGCACCUCUAAAAACGGUUUUUGCCACAGCUUGACAGCGAAAAAGGCAGCAGCGGCGAACAAGCCACAGGAUACACGGCGCAGUCCUGUGACAGCCACGAUGUGAGGGUGUGGGUAUAGUUGUGGGGCAGGUGGACAGAUGGGGGAGUGGCGCGCCUGAACACUCCUUAAUUAAUUUCCAUGCGAAUGCGGGCGCCAUACGCUGGCCAGGCGCCGCAGGAUGUGUCCGCAGCCGCGGAACUGUGGAGCUAUGCAAAGUUAUGGCCAUGGGAGUUGGUGCUGGGACACCCGGGCUCACUCGGCUACGUUGUCAGUUGCUAUUCACGCUCGGGACUAACCAGGUUGGCUGGCAGCUACGCAAGUGAAAACCAAACGAUGGGCAACAAAGUUGUGACAUUUACGGAGCAGGAACUGGACGACUACCAGGAUUGUACGUUCUUCACGCGCAAGGAGAUCCUGCGAGCACCGGCUGCCAUUGUUCGCAGCAUCCUUUUGUUUGGCACUCGGCGGCAACAAAAAGCAGGAAGCAGAGGAAAAUUCCCACACGACAGCCCACAGCAGACAGACACUCAGAAACACAAAGCCUUUCAUGGCUCCGCCCUUUGAACCCGCCAUCGCAUCACUUUCUAUACCCUUUCACAGGAGAUUACCAUUUUGGGGCAGUAUCCACUCAGACAGCAUCGCCAAGUCAGAUAGUUGAGUUUAUUGAUCGAUCUCUUUUAAAUCUGCAUUAAGUAAUAAUAAUUUUAUUUAAAGUAGAAUUAGCCAAUAGAGUAGUUUAACCUGAGAUCACAGCUCUAUUCAACUAAGAAUAUACUGAACUGUUGCAUUAAGAAAAGACGCCAAGACAAAUAGUUUUGUGCAUUGAUCGAUCGUUUGAAAUUAAUAGUAAAAAUUGAAUGUAGAUUAAACUUUAAAUGAAGGAAAUAAUGAAAUAAGUAGUCUUUACAUUUAAAAUAACGUUUCUGAAAGUUAUUCGAAUACCUCCAACUCAAUUAUUUUAACAGAAGUUUCCUAUUAAGGAAAGUGUAGCAGUUGCCAGCAUUUUAAUACUUUUUAGUUAGUCGAAAGUCACUAUUCAAGGGUAUUGCCAACUUCGGUCCCCGAAGAUUAUUCCCCAUCUUUGUUGUCCUAUACUUUACAGCGUGCAUAAACGAUUUCGUGAGCUGCGGCCGGAUUUGGUGCCUCGCCAAAU